AUGGGUGUUGUAAAUGUUGAACAAGAAAGAAUUGAAGAAGGAGCUGACACAGAUGGAGUUGCUAAGAAGAUAAAGAUUUUAGAAGCAAUUAAUGUUGAUUACAUCGAUGAAUUUGAAGUACUUAUGCCAGCUGAUCAAUGUUAUCAUAUAAAUAAAGAUGAUUUCAAAGUUCCAUUUGCAUGUGGAGCUAAGGAUUUAGGAAGUUUCAAAGACAGAAAAUUAUAUAAUGAAUUAUUUAGUUAUGCUAGAAAAAUACAGGCACCUUGUGGUUUAUUACUGAAGACUAUUGAGUUGAAAGGACUUCCAGUAGUAAAUUUUUCUGGUGGGGGUUGGCAACGUAAUUAUUGA